AGUCCCGUUGUACGACAGCGCGGCCGUUCGCUUUGCGGCGGCCAUGGCGGCCCGGUUCAGCGGGGUGCUGCAGCUGACGGAGCUGGACGAUUUCAUCGCUCCCUCGCAGGAGUGCAUCAAGCCCGUCAAAGUGGACAAAAAGGCUGGAAAAGCAGCAGCCAAGAUCCGAAUCGAAGCUGAUGGAAGCUAUUUCCAGGUCAAUCAGGAUGGGGAAGCGCAAAAGCUGGAGAAGGCCAAAAUCACCCUGAACGAUUGCCUGGCCUGCAGUGGCUGCAUCACCUCUGCCGAGAGUGUUCUGGUCAGCCAGCAGAGCCACGAGGAGCUCUGCAGGGUGCUGGCCCUCAACAAGGCUGCUGCUGCCCACGAGCAGAAGGUGGUGGUGGUUUCUGUCUCACCCCAGUCCAGAGCCUCCCUGGCUGCAAGGUGCAAGCUGGGGCUGCUGGAGACAGCGCAGAAGCUGAGCGCGUUCCUCAAGAGCCUGGGUGUGCACUACGUGUUCGACACGACCUUCUCCAGGAACUUCAGCCUCCUGGAGAGCCAGCGCGAGUUCCUGGGACGCUUCCACAGACAAGCAGAGGACAAAAGGGCUCUGCCCAUGCUGGCCUCCGCCUGCCCAGGUUGGAUCUGCUACGCCGAGAAGACCCACGGCAGCUUCAUCAUCCCCCACAUCAGCACCACCAAAUCCCCCCAGCAGGUGAUGGGCUCCUUGGUCAAGGGCUACUUUGCAGAGCAGAAGCACCUGCCCCCCGACAGGAUCUACCACGUCACAGUCAUGCCCUGCUAUGACAAAAAGCUGGAGGCCUCCAGGCCAGACUUUUUCAACCAGGAAUACCAGACCAGGGAUGUGGAUUGUGUCAUCACCACGGGAGAAGUGCUGAAGCUGCUGGAGCAAGAAGGAGUGUCCCUGCCAGAUGUGGAUCCUUCUCCUCUGGACACCGUGCUCGGCGGCGCGGAGGAGGAGCUGGGCACGCACGGCGGCGGCGGCUCGGGCGGCUUCCUGGAGCACACCUUCAGACACGCAGCCCGGGAGCUCUUCGGGAUCCACGUGGGCUCCAUCCGCUACAAACCCCUCAAGAACAAGGACUUCCAGGAGGUGACCCUGGAGAGGGAUGGAGAGGUCCUGCUCCAGUUUGCUCUGGCCUAUGGAUUCAGGAACAUCCAGAACCUGGUGCAGAAGCUGAAACGAGGGAAGUGUCCCUAUCACUACGUGGAGGUGAUGGCCUGUCCCUCAGGCUGUUUGAAUGGAGGAGGGCAGAUCAAACUGGAGGGGGAAUCCAGCAAGGAGGAGCUGCAGCAGGUGGAGAGGCUGUACCAAUCCCCCAGGGCUGAGAUCCCGGAGGAGAACCAGGCAGUGAGGGAGCUCUACCAGCGCUGGCUGGGCGGCUGGGCCUCGGGGAGGGCUCAGGAGGUGCUGCACACGCGGUACCACGCCGUGGAGAGAGAAAACUCUGCCCUCAACAUCAAGUGGUGAGGGCUGCCCGGCCCACCAGACCCUCAGUGCCUUCUGAGCUCGGAUUUCUGAUUCUUCGCUGUGCCAUUCCUGCCUCCGGGAGCGUGCCUGGCACUGCUGAUUCCUGCAGCUGGAGGAUGAGGUGAGGGGGAUAAACCCCAAAGUCUGACAGGAGACGCAGCGGGAGAGGCAGAAACGCAUCCCAGGCUGGUGGGACAGACCCUGCGCCGCUCCAGUUCCUGCCAGAAGUGAGGGGUUGAAGGAUUUCAAUGAGCUCCGGGCUGGGCUUUGUGCCACACCCCGAUAUUCCUCCCCCGGGCCUUGCUGGGUCGUCACAGCACCCAGUCCUGUGGCUGCCUCUGCUGGCACAGCCUCAUUCCAUCGGGAAUGCUGGGAAUCCAUCAUUCCAUCAGUCAGGAGGCCUGGCGUUGUCCCAGCUCAGUGCCCUGACGGGUCUGUGCCUCGGAGAGGGGGAUCCAAACCCUGGCACCAUCCCUGGGGCUGCUGGGCAGGGACUGGAGAGACUGCUGCACAAAACCCUCGUGAUUCCUUUCCCUUAAAUGAUGAUAAUUUAUACCAAGGGCAAUUUCAUCUCUCUCUUUUCUUCCUAAUCACACAGCAGGGAGUCAGGGCGUUGUGACGCUUGCCCACCCUCAGCAGCCGCUUCCUGAGGGAUAAUAUCCCUAAAUCCAGGCAAAGCAGGCACUUACUGACGGAUAACACCCCGAAAUUCCCACAAAAUAAUUCCUGACCUUGGGGCUGGCAGGAACCAAAGCCUCCCCUGCGCUUCACCCCGGUGAACCCACGGAGCAAACGGUGAUUUUCACGUUUUUAAUGCAAAGCUUUCCAUUCCUCAGCCGUGGCUGGUCAUUAAUGACCUCACAGUGUUCCAAGGCAUCGAGCUCCCCCCGCUGCAAAUCGGUGCUUCCAGGGAAUUCCCUUUUUCCAUGCAGGGAUUUGGCUGAAUCCCUGGGAAAUGUGGGCAGGGAGAGGCCCCAGCCUGGAGUCAGCCCAGAAAUGCACAAUCAGUUGAAGCUAAAUUAGCUGGAAAUGAAAUCAAAUAAUAAAGGAACUGGUCACACCCCCAGGAUCCCUGUUCUGGCACCAGGAAUUUCUCCCAGCUUGGAGGUGUGGAGCAGGCUCAGGGCUGCUUCAAACCCACAGGAGCCCCCAGGACAAAUAAAAUCCCAAAGGAACACGCAGGGAACAUCCACAACUCCAGCAUUUCAUGGCAGCUGAGGAAUUCAGGCCACGGUACCAAGGGAGAUUUUGCAGCUGGAUAAAUUAAAAGGAAAUCAAAACUAUAACUUAAUAAAAGGGGGAAAAAAAAGGAAAAACCUUGGUCCGGUUUGUAGCACAGGAAAAAAGCCCCAAACCAGACUCCAGUGGCAACAAAGACGUU